CCCGAUGUUAUUGAAAGUGAAAGUAGAACCAAAAGCAAAACCGUCAGUUUUCCAAAAAGGUUGCAAAGACAGUGUAUCUAGAAUAAUGAGAUCUAAAUUAAUCAAUAUUGUUCGAUUUAGUAAUAUACUUCGUUCAGCUAAUAAACUUGUUGCCAACAAUUCUGCUUACAGUCAUUGUUUAAACCCAUCUUACACAUUUAAAUGUCCCUCUGCAAAUUUCUCCACAGGAUCAGUUUUAAGAAGCCAGUUGUCGGAGUCAGAAUAUCAUGCAGUAGCAGAUGAGACUAUGGAUUCACUGACUGAGUUUUUUGAGGACCUUCCAGAAGUAGCACCAUGUGAUUCAGAUUAUGAUGCUCAAUAUAAUAGUGGUGUGCUGACAGUAAAAAUCAGUGAUAAGUUUGGUACAUAUGUCAUCAACAAGCAGCCUAGUAAUGUACAGAUAUGGCUCUCAUCUCCUGUCAGUGGUCCUUUUCGCUAUGACUUUAUUGAUGACACCUGGGUCUACUCACGGACAUCGCAGACGCUGCAUGAAUUACUGUCGGAGGAAGUGUCCGAAGCUCUCGAUACCCCCAUAGACUUUACCACGUGUUCUUAUGGAUCUCGGAAAAAGAGUUAGCCACCAGAGUUUGAAAAAAUAAUUAUGUAUUAUUAUGAAUUGAGACUUUGUUUUGUACUUUAUAGGGAUAAUUGCAGUGUAUUCUAUACAGGUAUCCCUAUUUUUUAUCAGCAAACACUUUAAUACAUGGUUGGAAACCCUCAGUUAGUCUCACUUUAGGAGAGAUUUAACCAACCAUGGGUUUAUCACAGAGAUUUUAAUGUUCCAGGAUAAUGGUGUCAGUCUCUUAAUUAUAAGUAAAAUAAUAAUUGUAAA